AGAGAUAUCACAUCAAUCCCACGUCUCAAAAGCUGACUGACUGACCCACUGCAUACAAACACCAAUGUACGAAGCAGAAAUACAUCAGCGCUGCCUGCCCCCGUCUCACCCUACCUCCGGCACAUUCUGGCACAUCGCAUGACUAAAAACGCCUCCUCUUACUGAGUUCAUCAACGUUUUGAUGCAUUCGAGGUUCAGAUCUGCUGGAUCCAUUCGAGGGAAGCAGUGGAGGCCGUACUCCUACUAGUUCUGGGACGUUGUCAUUGAUGGACGAAAUUUGAAUACCGAGCCUUAUGGCAAAUACGAAAGUCGGUUAGGAUGAGAUCUUCUAUACGAGUCACGGUUAGUCCUGCUUCCAUCUCUAACCAAAUAUAGCUGUGUCACCACAACAGCCUGUCCGGCUAUACAACGCUACGAUUUGAACAACUCAGUCACCGAGGCAGCAGGGCAGCUUCGGCAUGACUAUAUCUCCGUGUCCGCUUCGUUCGCAAGGCGGAGGCUGCACGACGUUUCUAACCGGUCCAAUGUCGCUGUCUCUGGUCCUAUUGCAUGAUGGGAAUGUCAGGGACCUCUCCACCGAUUGAGAGGCCGAUUCCUAUAUAAAAAGCAGGUAGGCUUCGAAAUGGAGAACGAUCCAGGUCAGGAAAAUAUCUUCACGGAAAUUCCAUCAUGCGUCGCAUACUUGAUUCAUUUACUUAUGCGCUUCUGUUCAGUCUUUCAACAGCUCUUCCAGCUACAUCACCUGCGAUUGCUGCUCGGAGCGGUCUGGUCGCCUCGUUUCCGCUGCCUCCUUCACAAGAUUCGUUCUACACUGCUCCUACUGGCUAUGAGUCCGCUGCACCGGGAACCAUCUUGCGGUUGCGCGAAGCAGUUGGCAAUCUGACGUCGAUUUACAAUGCCAGUUCAGCCGCAUACAAUAUCCUCUAUCGCACCACCGAUGCACAAUAUCAGCCAGCAUGGGCAGUCACGACUUUGUUUGUGCCUUCUCACCCCAGCAGCGAUGCCCUCCUGUCUUACCAAAUUCCCUACAACACUGCCGACGUCGACCACAGUCCCAGUUAUGUGCUUGGGUCCGAAUUAGCCACAGGUCUAAUUCUUUCGGAUAUCAACUCUGCACUCAACCAUGGUUGGUUCGUCAAUGUACCUGAUUUCGAAGGCCCCUCGGCGUCAUUUGGAUCAGGAGUUGCAGAAGGCCAUGCCACGCUUGACUCGGUUCGCGCUGUACUGUCUGCAGGGUUUGGUCUCUCUUCCGAUGCACGAUAUGCUAUGUGGGGUUACUCGGGAGGAUCAAUCGCCAGUGAAUGGGCUGCAGAACUUCAGGUUCAAUAUGCUCCAGAACUCAACUUCAGCGGUGUUGCACUGGGUGGUCUGGUCCCGAACGGAACAACCAUCCUACACACCAUCGAUGGGACGCCAGCAGCAGGAUUGAUCCCUUCGUUUCUCAUCGGCGUAAUGAAACAAUACCCGGCGGCGUACCAUUACUUGGUCAGCAAUCUGAAAGCCUCUGGACCUUACAACGCGACGGGCUUCUUGGCAGUUCAAAACAUGUCGUAUCUAGAGGCAGCAGUCGCCUUCAUGAACCAGAGCGUCCUGAAUGACUACUUUAUCAACGGCACUUCUUUGAUCCAGCAGCCUAUAAUCCAGAGGGUCUUCGACGUUGACGGGCUGAUGGGCUAUCAUGGUGUCCCGCAGAUGCCAACGUUCAUGUACAAGGCGACGCACGACGAGUACAGCCCCGUGGGUGACACCGACUCGCUCGUGGCAAGAUACUGCAACGCUGGCGCAAAUAUCUUGUAUCAGAGGAACAGAGCAGGCAACCACCUGGACGAAGAAACAAAUGGAGAUGCACGGGCAUUCGACUGGUUGAAUGCAGCAUUGAAUGGGACGCUCAUGAUGCAACGAGGAUGCACGAUUCAGAAUGUGACAGUCGACAUCAGCUCGCACGCGCCAUUUACCCUUCCGCCUUGAUUGCUGACAGUGUUUCUAUCAAGCAGAAUACCAUUCCACAUUGAAAUGAUAUCAUGCUUCAAUAUUUUCUGGUCCAAGUAUUUUACUGCUCCAUUCGCAUUACUAACUGGGAGGGAGAGUGAAGGGUAAGCCAUCUCAAGCUAUAGCGCAG